AUGAAGAAGGAGGGGGGAGGGAACGGCGGGGGGAGUAAGGUGGGGAGGAUGGCGGAGGCGCCGUUCAGGGCGCUGCGGCGGGCGAGGGACGCGUAUGUGAACGGCAUGACGGGGAUCGCCGGGAGGGCCAGUUCUCGAGGAAUAGUCGGCCCGUCGAGGGGCUACCGCUUUCCGCCGCCGCUGCCCGGCAGCGGCAGGGAGGAUGACCUGGGGGAGCUUCUCAGGGUCGCCUCCGCGCCCGUGAAGGCCGCGGAAGGGGCGGUAGCGAGGAGCCAGAGCGUGGGGAUCGUCAGUAUCGACGAGAACGAGGCCUGCGACUUCGGCGGGGAUGUCGUCGUCGGCGGUCCGUUCUGGCCCAGGAGCCGGAGCUGCGCCUUGGUGGGGAACUAA